CAUGUCUACUGCUAAAUCAGGAAGCUCGAAUUCCGGAGGUCAAUACGAAUAUGGCGAGUGGAUUCCAGUGACCUAUUGCGAAUGUGGCCAACAAUUAAAGCUUUUGACAACAUGGAAAGCAGAGAACAGUGGGAGAAGAUUUUGGAAAUGCAUUGGAAGUCAGCCAUAUAAAGGGUGUGGUAUGAUGGAGUGGUUUGACCCUCCAAUGUGCAAGAGAUCUCAAAAAAUAAUUCUGGGGCUGUUAAAAAAGAUGAAUGCGUAUGAGGAAAAAAUUCGUACAUUGGAGAUGAAGCUUGAAACAUUAGAGGUU